ACGGCGACACGCCGAGUUUGUUGAAUUUUCUUUCGGUUCUAGAACAAAAAAUCAAGUUUGGUGUGUUAUUUUGGCUUUUGCUAGGAAUUUUUCAAUAUUUUAUACGCGAAAAAAUAUCCGAACUACCGCCAUGCCGGAACAGCAGAUUCCGGCCGAGGACCGACCAUCGUCGAGUUCGUCGUCGGAACCCGCCGGCGGCUCGCUGGGGCAUUCCCCCGAAGAACUGCGCGGUGAGGCUAACGGCAAUGAGUUCGUCGCCAUCCGAAAUCUGAUCAACAGUAAUCGAUCCACGACCCGACACCGGCCACGUCCGCCCGUACCCCGGUUGCCAUUCGAGUCCUUUAUCCCGGCCCCGAUGCGCUACUAUCCGAUUGUAAUUCCGGCUGAACCGACCAUCGAGGAUUUGCUGCGCCAAGCGGCGGGAUCCACCGAACUUCAUCGAGUAACGGAAAUCAAGCUGAAGGUCAUCUCGCACCUGACCAGCCUGCAGCGAAUUCCGUGCUUUAUACCGAACCUGCGCUCGCUGACUCUGGAGGGAAGCAUCGUGAUGACCUUGAGGGAUUUGGGUUGCGACAUGACGUCGUUGGUUUAUCUGAACGUGAGUCGGUGCAGCUUGAAGAACCUGGACGGAACCAGCGGGCUGGAGACGCUGGAAGAGCUGGUCGCCGAUCACAACCAGAUCGAGGAGGUCGGACCGUGCACAAAUCUGGUGCAGAUCAAGAAGAUCAGCUUGAAGAGCAAUCGCAUCACCGAUCUUGGAAGCAUCACAUUUCUUGCGCUAUGCGAAAAGCUAGAACAUCUGGAUCUACGCGAGAACUUUGUCUCCGAGAACCCCUCCUUCCGGCACAUGCUUAAGGAGAACAUUCCACAGCUGCGAUCGCUUAACGAAAUUCCGUUUUCGGAUGCGGCCCACGAAGAUCACACCGACAUGUCCAGUUCGGAGUACCAAUCGAGUUCGUCAAGCAUUGAAGGUGGUCCGCACACCAACCGUUGGGAGGUUGGAGGUAUUGGCGAUGGGGCCUGGAACGAGCGUCAACAGCGGGAGGUGCUGCAGCCAUUCAGACCUACCAGCAGUCACCAAGAGCGGACCGUAACGCUAGAACUGCUGGACGACGCACGACCAGCUACCGCGGGUAAUUGAAGAUACCUCUCUCAAGACCUUCAAGAAACCUCAAGAUCCCAUUUUUUUUCUCUUGUUACACUUACCACAAACAGAUGCAACGAAAAUAAAGCACCAACUCACAUCCGGA